GGGUAUCCUCUUGUUAUUAUUUAACUUAUAACCUUUUAUUCAAGAAUUUGCUUUUAUUUCGUCUCAAAAAUAAUUUAAAUAAGUUAAAAUUUAAAUAUAUGAACAGUUUGUGGACGUAUACAAGUUAAACGAAGGCGUUCCGGUCUUCCAAGAUGUUUUGCAUCCAGGAAGCGGAGCCUCCACAUUCAAAUUCACUGAUGGAGAAGGACCCGCUGUGCACAGCUCAGUCGGAAUCGAGUGACGACGAACCAAAUGCCAAAAGACUGAAAUAUACCAGCGAUCUUAACCUACAAGUCUACCAGAUCCCUGCAUUCAACACACCCAAGUCCCUCAGCAUAUUCCCCUCCUCCUCAACGCUGCCAAAGUUUGUCAACAACCCACUCAACUUAGCGAACCCUUUAGCUCUAGCGGCGAGUAACCUAAACACAAAUAAUGUGGUAAAGACUUUACACAGCAGAUACUCUCUGCCGGCAAAACUAUCCAUCACGCCUGUCACCAAAGCCACCAACGACGGUGAAGUCGUUAGAUAUAAGAAGAAUGGGGAGAUAGCUAAGAAGAGAGGCCCACCCAAGGGAUAUAAACGGAAACCCAAGGAUUUAUCUCAAAGUUUCUCCAAUGGAGCAUUGUUGCAGGCACAGAAUGCAAUACUGACCAGUUUGCUGGUGGCCAACAACACAUCCCUCUCUCAAGUGAUCAGUGUACCAAAACCACCUGAACCAGUACCCAAAUAUGAAGUCAAAUUGCCAUCAGGAACUGAAUUGGUUGAGCUGAUGUUGGACCCCGAGGACUGGUUCCCCACGGAGCCCUACAAAAUGGUGUUUAGCAGGAAAAAGAAUCCCAAGUGGAAGAAUUUUCCAUACAGAUGUGAACAUUGUUUUAAAGGCUACCGAGUGGCAUCCACUUUGGUAACUCAUGCUGCAGAACGACACGGUUCUGUUCCCAAAGACCUGGCGCUGCCAUGCCCAUGCUGUCCACACGUUUCCAUCCGGAGAAAGCAGCACAAGAAACAUCUGGAGACACACGAGGGCAAGAGGCAUAGGAUAUUCUGCGUGUAUUGUCUACCAGCAAGAGAUGUUUCUGAGCCCUACGAGAAGGAAUCGCUGAAGUAUCCGUUCGACAAGUUCCCGCAGUUCUGGUACGCGUCGGAGGAGUCUUUGCGGCUGCACAAGAAGCGGAAACAUCCCUACGCCGCCAUGUUCAACAACAACUGGUUCGGCACGUGGGGUGACCUCGCUCCUAACAGCUAGAUUCUAUUAGAAUAGAAGUUAAGUCCAUAACUACAGUUUGGUACAAAUUAAGCGGAUAGAGUAUGUACUUUCUCAUAUUUUGUAGUAACUUGUAUAUUGUAAGCUUUAACUUGUAUCACCAUAUUGAUAAAAUAUUAUCUCGAGAUGUGUAUGUUCGAGAGACUAAAACGAAACGGCUUUUUGUAAUACGUUAGGAAAUUCGAAGCUGUAAUUUGUGUAGGAAUCGACUUGAAAAUCGAGUGCGAUUCGCUUCCCGAUAGUGAUCUUAUAUUUCGUGACAUACUUUUAAAGUAUUAUCUUAGCAAAUAAUCACGAACCAGUGUUCAAUAUAAGGAUAUAGUAAAAAAAUGUCGUCGCUAUGUAUGACGCGAAUAAGUGUAAUGUAGUAUUCACAGUAUAGUGAAUAGUGAUAGAGGUAGUGUUUAUCUCGACGCGAGUGUCCUAAAGAGCCUUAGUACUUAUGAUUAGUGUUAGUGUUGCCAUGUAGAGAUCGAAUAGGUUAUUGUAUAUUUUUGGAAGAAAUUAGACGAACGUGCCUUCGGAAAUGCAUUCCAUAUGACAUUUUAAAAUAUCUCCGAUGAUUCUAGACCGUUGUGUUACCGCGAUCCCACCUUCUAUAUUAAAAUGUCAUACUUAUGCUUCGGUAUUUCAAAAAGCUAAAUAGUGUAUAUAUGGUAGUGAUAACAAAUCAUCAGUAUUUUUGUAUGAAUUUAUAGCGAACGUAGCUUUCGGUAUUGUGUUAAGUAGACACUGGACACUGGACGGUGUUAGGUUAUAGUGCAGCUCGAGCCCGGACGUACUGUAGAAACUAUUUUCAACUUAUGCAGCUUAAUCCGUAAUGUUUUAUUAUAAAUUCAUCUUUAUACAAUUAUAUUGAUCUUUUGAUCAAUUUAUAGUUAAUCUUUUAUUGUUUUAUUUUAAUGAGAAAUGAAAAUCAGUGACUUUAAGCAAAGGUUUUAAGCCUAGUUUUAGCUGUGAUUUUAAUGUUCGAUGAUUCAUUUGCUUACAUUUCUAUCCCCUCGUGACGGGUCAUAAUUUUAUAUUCGAUUUGUUUUUAACCUUUGUGUAAUUUUUAUUAAUUUUACUUUACACUUUUACAUUUUUUUAUUUUACCACAAUGGAGUUAUGAAAUCAAUUGGACAGUCUUACAUCGUUUAUAAUCGCAUUUGACGCAUUUAUUGUACUUUUAGUUUGAAACUUAUAUCAGUAUUACUUUGUAGUUAAGUUUUGUAAAUAAUUUCCCGUAGAACUAUUAGUCGCCUUUUAUAGUGCGCACGCAUCGGACGAGCAUAUUAAAAGUUGUGCAAUGGGGCCCCAAAUAUUUUUUCUGGGAGUAGCCCUCAUUUUAUUUAUUUACCUUUAGGAAAUUGCAUAUUUCAUUCAUUUAAACUGAGAUGAACAUAACUAAACGUUAUCCAUCUUUAAAACUAAUUCAUACAGCUCUACAAGGUUACAAAACCACAAGGUGCGUGGCCAAAAUCGGACCGAAUCCGCCAUCUUGUAAAAUGUUACAGAGGGGCAGCUAUUUCACACGCACACCUUUCCUAUCAAACUCAUCCAACUUGGAUGCAAGUCAUCAUACUUGGAUGAUCCAAGUAUCAUUUUGGUUUAUGUCAUUUUGCAUGUCCAAAAUGAAAUCUGACGUGGUGUCAUUUUGAGUGACAGUAAUUUUUUAUCUACGCCACUAUGACAAUGUCAGAGUGCCACAUGAUCCUUGUGUGUCUGUGAUGUUUUCUCCAAGCAAAACACAUUAGCAUGUUAGUUUAAGUUAGUCAAAUAGUUUUCUGUCACAAAAUCGACGACGUGACGACAGAAAUUAUGUUCUACCGACCAAAGUAAUGCACUGUGAAAAAAUCUUGUACUUUAGAUAAAACACGGUCGAAAUAUCUGUAGAGCUGAGCUGCGGGGUGACACCCGGAGUCGAAAACUUACCGGGCUGUUAUUGGUCAACAUUUAGCGUGGCGAGCGUUUAUUGGCUAUAUAAAACUGUCGAAACCGUGACCCGAGUUUUAUGUGAUGUGGAUCAAGCAGUGGCGUAACUAUAAGAUCCGGGGCCCGUGGUAAAUUGAUGGGGCUCU